AUGCUAAAAAAGGGAAAGUCUAGUGCUGAGGGACUCUAUGUUGAAAACCGAGGAAGGUCUAAGAAGCGGAAUGAUGGUAAAGAUAAGGGAAAGACUAAGGAUCAGGGAGGAAGAUCUAAGUCUAGAAACAAAAAUGGCAAGAAAGGUACCUGUUUCAUUUGUGGCAAGGAGGGUCAUUGGAAGAGGGAAUGCCCAAUGCGUGGACAAAAGCAGAAUGAAAGCUCCUCUGUUAACACAGUAGCAGAGAUAAAGCAGCCUUUGGUCCUCACUGUGAGUUCUCAAUACACCAAGGAUGAGUGGGUUAUGGACUCCGGAUGUACCUUUCACAUUACACCAAACAAGGAGUACAUGCCGGAUAUGAGUCGGAAUCUCAUCUCGUAUGGUAUGUUGGAGAAGUCAGGAUGUACCUACACAGGAGAAAACUACAAAGUUACGUUCUUCAAAGAUGGUCAGAAGGUGAUUACUGGAAAAUACAAAGAUGGCCUCUAUUUUCUCCAAGGAACAGUUUCUAAAGGGGAUGUAAAUGUGAUAGAUCCUAAGAACAAUUGA